UCCAAGAUGGCGGAGAGUCUCCCCGAGCAUGAUCGGAUCCUGCAGGAGAUCGAAAGCACCGACACGGCCUGCGUGGGACCCACCCUGAGGUCUGUAUAUGAUGACCAACCAAAUGCCCAUCAGAAGUUUAUGGAAAAGCUUGAUGCCUGCAUACGUAACCAUGACAGGGAGAUAGAAAAGAUGUGCAAUUUUCACCAUCAGGGCUUUGUGGAUGCUAUUACAGAACUUCUUAAAGUUAGGGCUGAUGCAGAAAAGCUAAAGGUCCAAGUUACUGAUACCAACCGAAGGCUUCAGGAUGCUGGGAAAGAGGUGAUAGCCCAAACAGAGGAAAUCAUCCGAUGUAGAGUUCAACAGCGGAAUAUUACAACAGUUGUGGAAAAACUACAGUUGUGUCUUCCAGUGCUGGAAAUGUACAGCAAACUAAAAGAACAGAUGAGUGUAAAAAGAUACUAUUCUGCUUUGAAAACAAUGGAGCAGCUGGAAAAUCUGUAUCUUCCUAGAGUUAGCCAAUACCGCUUUUGCCAGAUAAUGAUGGAAAAUCUUCCAAAACUGCGUGAAGAAAUAAAAGAAAUAUCCAUGUCAGAUCUCAAGGACUUCUUAGAGAGUAUUCGAAAGCAUUCUGACAGAAUUGGGGAAACUGCCAUGAAGCAGGCACAGCAGCAGAAAACCUUCAGUACUGCUCUUCAGAAGCAGAAUAACGUAAACUAUGGUCGGAAUAUGCAUUUAGGUAGAAACAGGAUUUUGGAAUCCAAGAAUGAAGUCACAUUGAAGCGAACAUUUGAAGAUGAGGAUGAGCAUGAUGAGGAGGUUUUAACUGCCCAAGAUCUUGUAGACUUUUCUCCAGUCUAUAGGUGUUUGCACAUCUACUCUGUUCUGGGUGAUGGAGAGAUAUUUGAAAAUUACUACAGAAAACAAAGGAGGAAACAAGCAAGAUUAGUUCUGCAACCACAGUCAAGCAUGCAUGAAACAGUAGAAGGCUAUAGAAGAUACUUCAGUCAAAUUGUAGGUUUCUUUGUAGUAGAAGACCACAUUUUACAUGUAACCCAAGGAUUGGUAACCAGGACAUACACUGAUGAACUCUGGAACAUGGCCCUUUCCAAGAUCAUUGCUGUUCUUAGAACACAUUCAUCAUAUUGCAGUGAUCCUGACCUUGUUCUGGAACUGAAGAAUCUCAUUGUAGUAUUUGCUGAUACUUUGCAGGGCUAUGGUUUUCCUGUGAACCGACUAUUUGAUCUUUUAUUUGAAAUUAGAGACCAAUACAAUGAAACACUUCUUAAAAAGUGGUCUGGAUUGUUCAGGGAUAUUUUUGAAGCAGACAACUACAGCCCUAUCCCUGUAGCAAAUGAAGAGGAAUACAGAAUUGUUAUUAGCAAAUUUCCUUUUCAAGAUCCAGAACUUGAUAAGCAAUCCUUUCCAAAGAAGCUUCCAAUGUCUCAGUCAGUGCCUCAGAUUUAUAUGCAGGUGAAGGAAUUUAUUUAUGCAAGCCUUAAGUUUUCAGAGUCACUUCACCGCAGUUCAACAGAAAUAGAUGAUAUGCUCAGAAAAUCUACAAAUUUGCUGCUUACAAGAACUCUAAGUAGUUGUUUACAGAACUUAAUUAAAAAACCUCAUAUAGGUUUAACAGAGCUUGUUCAAAUCAUCAUAAACACAACACACUUGGAGCAAGCCUGUAAAUACCUUGAGGAUUUUAUAUCUAACAUUACAAAUAUUUCACAAUUGACUGUUCACACUGCAAGACUUUAUGGACUUUCUACAUUUAAGGAUGCAAGGCAUGCUGCAGAAGGGGAAAUAUAUACAAAACUUAACCAAAAAAUUGAUGAAUUUAUUCAGAUUGCUGAUUAUGACUGGACAAUGUCUGAGUCAGAUGGAAGAGCCAGUGGAUACUUAAUGGACCUAAUUAACUUUUUAAGAAGCACAUUUCAAGUUUUUACUCAUUUACCUGGAAAAGUGGCCCAGACAGCUUGCAUGUCAGCCUGCCAGCAUCUUUCAAUGUCCCUAAUGCAGAUGCUACUGGACAGUGAAUUAAAACAAAUAAGCAUGGGAGCAAUUCAGCAGUUUAAUUUAGAUGUGAUACAGUGUGAAUUGUUUGCUAGUUCUGAGCCUGUGCCAGGAUUCCAGGGAGACACCCUGCAGUUAGCUUUCAUCGACCUCAGACAACUCCUGGACCUCUUCAUGGUGUGGGACUGGUCCACCUACCUGGCUGACUACGGGCAGGCCACCUCCAAGUACCUGCGGGUCAACCCCAGCACGGCCCUCACGCUCCUGGAGAAAAUGAAAGACUCCAGCAAAAAGAACAACAUUUUUGCUCAGUUCAGGAAGAAUGACCGUGACAAGCAGAAGCUAAUAGAGACUGUAGUAAAACAACUUAGGAGUUUAGUGAAUGGUAUGUCCCAGCACACGUAGGCCUCUUAAAUCGACAGUAUCUCAUCACACCAAGAGGUGUUUCUUAUCCACUAUUUCUACUAAGCAAAUGGUGAUACCAGUUAGGACUUUUGUUUGACCGAGAAAAGGAAAAAUGCAGUAGAUAGAUUGUACAUGUAGUCUUCAACAAACAAUUCUUUGUACGUAUUUUUAAUGGGUCGAAUACUAUUUUGUAUAUUGUAAACAAAUGGUGAAAAACGAGGUUGUACAAUAAAAACCAGCGCAAUCGUAUUGUACAUGGAACUGCUGAACUGUAAAUAUGUUAUUUAAAUAUCUGCAGAUAUGGUGUCCAAAAUUUUGCUCCGAGUAGAAAUUAUUUGAGAAAUGAUCCCUUAGUUGCUGUUUUCUGGUUGAAUCCUAAUUUAAAGUUUUUAAGCUUGAGAUACUUGUGUUUCAGAUGCCGCUUAUUGUUUUCCUGCAUUAAAUGUAAUUAGCCCUAAAGUGAUUGGACAUAAUUUUGUAUACCAGGUUUUGUAGUCUGGAGGUAUGAAAAGGUCUUCUGAUUUUUAGUACCUUUGAAAACUACCCGAGAACUAGACUUGAUAUCUAUUUAGCAUUAGGACUUGCAGGCUUUGUUCUCCAAAAGGUUUAAUCUUGAGGUUGUGAAUGUAAAUAACCAUUUGAUUUCUUUAUAAUGUGACAUGUUGUUUCGUUUUGGUUUUGUUCCUCAGGGUUACUAUUUCUAACUGUACUUUUGUAAAGAUCUCGGGUUCUUUAUCCCAGGUUGCAGUAAGGAAUAGGUUUGCCGCUGUUGUUUUCGUGCCGCAUCUGUUUGUUAGUUUGUGCUUUCUCCUGCCAGCCCCAUCCCAGCGAUUGGCAUUUUGUCCCACUACUGGUCUCUUUGCACUGUCCCCUCCUGGCUAUUUUAGACACUUAAGAGAAUGUCUAACAAAUACAAACCAAAUGGAACGUGUAAAAAUACUGUACAUUUCGCUGUAUUUUUAAGUUAUUGACGGUCUAAAUACAGUAAUAUAAACCUCA